UCAUGCCCUUGAUGCUUUUGGGCGCAUUAAUCUGUUAAUGGGAUAUUGAUGAAACCGGCGUGGCCGCUAGAGUGCAAGUGAGAAAAAUACAGUUCGGCAAACAAACAAAGUAUACGAACUUGAUAGCGGAAAAUCCGUGCGAACCGGCAAACCGUGUGGUGGUAGUGGAAAACAGCGCGAAAGAAAAAAAAAAGGGAACUCCACCAGUGUGCGAUCACCAGUGUGGGAAAACCGCGGUGCUAAAGUGUGCUAGAAAAGCUAAAGUGUGUUGAUCUUCAGCCAAAGCCAAGCCCAGGUUGAGUGCGUGUGGUGGAGUUGUGGAAAAUUGGUAGCGGAUUUGACCGGAAGAGUUGCUCUCGCGAUAAGUGGAAAACAGCAGGCGUAAAAAAUGGCAUCUCCACCGCCGGCUCCCGUGAAGAAAGUGCCGAUUCAUCUCCAGAGUGCGCAAAAUCGGCUGUACAUCAAGCGCGGACACGUGGUGAACCAUGAUGGAAUGCAACAGGCGGACGUCUACAUCGAGGAUGGAACCGUACGGUACGUCGGUUCCGGUGCAGAUUUUGUAGUCCCCGGUGGUUGCCGUACGAUAGAUGCUACCGGUAAGCUGGUCAUGCCCGGCGGUAUCGAUCCGCACACACAUUUCCAGCUAGAAUUCGGUGGCACUGUUUCGGUGGAUGAUUUCUACAAGGGCACUAAGGCCGCAGUGGCUGGCGGUACUACGACCAUCAUGGAUUUUGUGCUUCCCAAUAAGGGAGAAUCGCUGCUGGAGGCGUACGAUACUUGGCGCGCCCGGGCAGACCCAAAGGUGGUGUGUGACUAUGGCCUCCACGUCGGCAUUACUUGGUGGUCGAAGUCGGUACGGGAUGACAUGAAGAUUCUGUGCCAGGAGCGUGGCGUCAACUCGUUCAAGUGUUUCAUGGCUUAUAAAGGUCUGUACCAGCUGAACGAUUCGGAACUGUACGAAGUGUUCGAGACGUGCAAGGAACUCGGAGCCGUCGCGAUGGUGCACGCAGAGAACGGUGAUAUCAUCGCGAAGAACGUCCCCAAGCUGUUGGCUGAUGGCGUAACAGGACCUGAGGGACACGAGUUGUCCCGCACGGAGGAGGUCGAAGCAGAGGCCACCAACCGCGCCUGCGUGAUUGCGCAUCAGGCCCGAUGCCCAUUGUAUGUCGUGCAUGUGAUGAGCAAAUCUGCCGGUAUCGAGGUUGCCCGCGCCCGACGCCGUUACAAUUGCACCGGUAUUUUCGGUGAAACCUUGGCGGCAGCCCUCGGCACCGACGGUACGCACUAUCAAGACAAAUGUUGGCACCAUGCGGCCGCCCACGUUCUCAGCCCUCCGUUGAGACCCGAUCCCACCACGCCAGAGUUCUUGAUGAAGCUGUUGGCUCAGGAUGAUCUUCAAACGACUGGCAGUGACAACUGCACAUUCAAUCGCAACCAGAAGGAGCUGGGUCUGAAGGAUUUCUCCAAAAUCCCGAACGGAGUUAAUGGCGUUGAGGACCGGAUGUCCGUUGUCUGGGAAAAAGGUGUCCAGACGGGGCUGAUCGAUCCGCAGCGCUUUGUUGCGAUCACCAGCACAAAUGCGGCCAAAAUCUUUAACCUCUACCCACGCAAGGGUCGCAUUGCACCAGGUUCCGAUGCCGAUCUGAUCAUCUGGGACCCGAAAGCAGUGCGUACGAUUUCCGCGGCCACCCAUCAUCAGGCGUGUGACUUCAACAUCUUCGAGGGCAUGAAGUGCCACGGUGUGCCGGAGUUUGUGAUUGUUCGGGGGCGCGUAUGCGUCGAGUAUGACCUGAUUCGGGUAGCUGAGGGCCAGGGCUCUUUCUUGGAAACCCCCGUCUAUCCAUCGUUCGUGUAUGAUGCCUUGAACGGUGUCACACGUCCGGAUGAUGGAACAGAUGAGAAGCAGGCUCGCAAUGGUCUCCAGGGACUGGAGUUGCACUCGAAGUCAGGCCCAGAGGUGGACAUUCCCGAUACGUAUGCCCUACCGGAAAAGUACAUACCCGGUCCGGCUUUAAGCGUCAUCUCAGGUGAUUCACAGCUCAGUACUCCUCACAGUGCACGUGGUAUUCGUCCGGAUGGUUCAAAGAACAUGCAAGAAUCAACCUUCUCGAUAAGUGAGGAACUCGAUAAAUCUGAAGCUCGUUCGUGCAUCCGCGUAAGAGCUCCGCCAGGUGGAAAAUCUUCCGGAUUCUGGUAAGAUCUUUCGGUUCUCAGCAUCUGGAUGUACUUCCUACUCGAUGGCGGCAGGAGCAAUGGUCUUCACUGCGGUAGUUAUGCGACACCUGAAAUGGAUGGUACACGAAGUUACCUCCCAACACUGACACCUCCAAUCAUCCAAAGAAGAACACCUGCACCAAAAUGUGUACGCGACACUGCAAACAACUCCCACAAUUUAUACUAGACGUACUUCCGGGUAUAUGGUCAAGAAUGCUUAAAACAUGGAGAUUAUUUGUUAGUAUAAUCAUAUCAAUGCGCCCAUAUGUAGGACCAUCUGUUUUGCUCAGGGUAGUGUUUAAGAUGUUUCUUAAGCGGGUUGCAGAAGCAUGGAGGCAUCAGAGCGUUGUAACCCUUGGUACCAAACAAUCGACUAAAGAAAACAAAUCAUAUUUAUCCAUUAGCGGGUUGACGAAAAAGAGCAUCGUUCUUGUAAGUUGAUGUAAUUGCUUUGUGCUAUGAGUGUAUCUUAAAUGCAAACGUUGAUAUGAUAGCAUUCAUAAGUUAGUUAAUUUAUUACACUGUUCUGUUGUCGAGUUACUAUCGAAUUAUUUGUACCACAGCUUCAUCACUUCUCUAUUAUCAGAGCGUUUAAUAAUUCGCAAAACUAAGCGAUUCAACGAACGGUGAACACAGAAUACGCAAAAACAAGCUAUGUGGAAUGAAAUGGGAAUGUUCAUGAUCGCUUAAUUAGAGACCAUCGCACUAUAAUACAGGGAGCGAGUGGUGCCAAGGAGGAACACUUGAAAAAGAGUGGUCAAAUGUUGGAAUGUGUGCAAUCUACAGUAGGCCGAAGAAUGUCUCCUUAACUUUACAACACACAAAAGAGAAACGUCUCAAUAAUCAUCCAAACAGCCAAGCGUUAAACAAAAAAUUUGCAUCGUACAUUUAUUUACGCACAAUAACUACAUAAUGAUCUGGCUUCAAAAUGGCGUUAUUUAUAGGGAAUUGGAUAGCUUAGGGCGGAGGGAUCUUGAGGGGAUGGUAUUUUUUUAAUCUUCUAGAUCAACCAAAUACCUAAUCCAUGCUGCGCAUUUUUGUACUAGUAGCUAGGAAUCGAAAUUAUACUCGCGAGGAUAUGAGGACAAUGGUAAGGUUAAAAAAACCAACGAAAAUAAUUGGCGAAGCAAAACUCAAUCAAUGCUGUUUAAUGGGACCGAAAAAGUGUUUGACGUGGAUUAGACUGUGCUGUUUUUGCCUUGUCAGAGCACGUUGGUGGAAACUCCGUAUAUUUGGUGUUUUUUUUUAUGAAAGUAUUGUUUGUGUUUAUUUCUCAUCUCGCUUUGCUGUAUUUUGUUGGGCCAUCUGCAGGGCCGGGCCACAAUUAGCAGUAAUUCUUGUUGGAAAGCGAUUUGUUUGUGUUUUUACUAGCUUCAAAUGUACACUCUCGAAUUAGGCGAGCGGAGCAACCAGCAUAGGAUAGGAAGAAAUCGUUUAAUACCGACCACCUUUCAGAAUUACGCUGCAAACAUCGUUUAGUAAUCGUGUAUCAAACAAAGAUAAUGGUAAAAGUAAUAAAUUUGAAUAGAGAUGAGAAAG